UUUUCUGUUCUAACGGAAUGAAUGAAGAAGAUCUCUGUGAUUUGAUGGGACUGUGAAUUCAGCAGGGUUGUGAUGGAUUUACCUGAGGGGAUCCCUUCAUUUAAAGACCCUGACGACCAGACCAAAUGUCAGAGCCCAGUGGAAGGACAGCAGCUGCAGAGACCAGCCUCCCCUGGACUCAGCCAAGUCUCUAUGGAACCUCCUCUGGCUUUUCACAAACCACAGGCCUUCAAUACAGAGGUUGAACGGGAAAGACCUGAUUCUGCAGCUCCAAGUGUGUCCAUGAUGAGCAACAUGUCAAAAGAUCCACCGAUUGUUUUUAAGUCACAUUCCAAACCACAAAUACAAGAGGGUUACACUGAUCAGCCUGCACUGGAACAUGAGACCAAUAUGGAUCUGAUAUUCAAGGUCCUUGAAGAGAACAUUUCCAUUUUCGUGAAUAAGGAGCUGAAGAGGAUGCAGAGACUUGUGAGUCCUGAGAUUUCAGGGGAUGGGUUGAUGGAUGGUCAGGAUGAAGAGGAUAUUAGAGGCAUCAAAGAGGCUUUUCUCAAAAUCGCACUGUACUUUAUGAAGAGGCUGAAGCAGGAGGAGCUGGCGGACACUCUGCAGAGGAAAUCUCCUGCCGCGUGUGAAUGCAAGCUCAAACAGACUUUAAAACAGAGGUUCCAGUGUUUGCUUGAGGAGGUUUCUGAAGCAGAAAAACCAUCACUGCUGAAUGACAUCUACACAGAUCUGUACAUCACAGAGGCAGGGACUGGAUCCAUCAACGAUGAACACGAGGUCAGGCAGAUUGAAAGAGCAGUAAGGAAACCAGCAACACCAGAAACGACAAUCGGAUGCAAGGACAUCUUUGACCGUUUACUGGGAUGUGCUCACCCAGCCAGAACGGUGAUGACAAAGGGAGUGGCCGGCAUCGGGAAAACAGUGUUAACACAGAAGUUCACCCUGGACUGGGCUGAAGGUAAAGCCAACCAGGAUGUCCAGUUCACAUUUCCGUUCACUUUCCGAGAGCUGAAUUUGCUCAAAGGGAAGAAGUUCAGCUUGGUGAAACUCGUUCAUCACUUCUUCAAUGACACCAAAGAAGCAGGAAUCUGUCGGUUUGAUGAAUUCCAGGUUGUGUUCAUCUUUGACGGUCUAGAUGAGUGUCGACUACCUUUGAACUUCCACAACAAUCAGAUCCUGACAGACGUCAUGGAGUCGGCUUCCAUAGAUGUGCUACUGACAAACCUAAUUCAGGGGAAACUGCUUCCUUCUGCCCGCCUCUGGAUAACCACACGACCUGCAGCAGCCAAUCAGAUCCCUACUGAAUGUGUUGACGUGGUAACAGAGGUCAGAGGGUUCACUGAUCCACAGAAGGAGGUGUACUUCAGGAAGAGGUUCAGAGAUGAGAACCAGGCCAUUGCCAUCAUCUCCCACGUCAAGACGUCAAGAAGCCUCCACAUCAUGUGCCACAUCCCGGUCUUCUGCUGGAUCACUGCGACCGUUCUGGAGGAUGUUCUAAAAACCAGACAAGUAGGAGAGCUGCCCAAGACCUUGACCGAGAUGUACAUCCACUUCCUGGUCACCCAAGCCAAACUGUGGUACGUCAAGUAUCAUAUGGGAGCUGCGAUAGAACCACACUGGAAUCCAGGAAGUAGGGAAAUGAUUCUGUCUUUAGGGAAACUGGCUUUUGAGCAACUACAGAAAGGAAACCUCAUCUUCUACGAGUCUGACCUGGUCGGUUGUGGUAUUGACAUCCAAACAGCAUCGGUUUACUCAGGAGUUUUCACACAGAUCUUUAAAGAGGAGCAUGGGCUACAUGCGAAGAAGAUGUUCUGCUUUGUUCAUCUAAGUAUUCAAGAGUUCCUGGCUGCUCUCUAUGUCUUUGUGACGUUUGCAGACUCUGGAGUCAACCUCCUAUCCCAGUCACCAACCUGGAUCUCUAAACUAUUAAAAGACAAAUCGAAAUUCUCACAUCUCUUCCAAAGCGCUCUGGAUAAAGCCUUACAGAGUCCAAACGGUCACCUGGAUUUGUUUCUUCGCUUCCUUUUGGGUCUCUCAGUACCGACCAAUCAGAUUCUCCUACGAGGCCUGAUAACAGAGACAGGAACCAGCUCUCAAAGCAAUCAGGAAACCAUCCAGUCCAUCAAAACCAUGAUCAGGAAGAGUCAUUCUACAGAAAGAAGCAUCAAUCUUUUCCACUGUUUGAAUGAGCUGAAUGACUCCUCUCUGGUGGACGAGAUCCAGCAGUAUCUGAGUUCAGGACGACUUUGCUCAGAUGAACUGUCUCCGGCUCAGUGGUCAGCACUGGUUUUCAUCCUUCUGUCCUCAGAGAAAGACCUGGAUGUGUUCAACCUGAAGAAAUACUCUGCUUCAGAGGACGGUCUUCUGAGGCUGCUGCCAGUGGUCAAAGCCUCCAACAAGUCUGUGCUCGGAGGCUGUAAGUUGUCAGAGAGAAGCUGUGAAGCUCUGGCCUCAGUUCUGAACGCUCCGUCUUCCAGCCUCAAAGAGUUGGACUUAGGUAACAACAACGUGCAGGACUCCGGAGUGAAGCUACUGUUAGAGGGCCUGAAAAAUCCACAGUGUAAACUAGAACGACUGAGGCUAAAUGAAAACAAUCUUACAGAGAACUGCUGUCAGGACUUAGCAUCAGUCCUAAGUGCUAAGUCUAGUCUAAAAGACUUGGACUUAAGCUACAACAACCUGCAGGACUCUGGGAUGGAGCAGCUUUGUGUUGGACUCAAAAGUCCACAGUGUACCCUAGAAGCACUCAGGUUGAGCUGUUGUAAUCUAUCUGAGAAAAGCCGUGACGUUCUGGCCUCAGUCUGCUUCUCCCAGAACAGUAGUCUGACUGAACUAGACCUGAGUAACAAUGACCUGCAGGAUUCAGGAGUCAUGCUGUUCACUGAACAGGAACAUCAGCACUGGAGCCUGGAAAUUCUACGACUGAGCCGAACACGACUCACAGAAAAAUGCUGCAAAGAAUUCUCCAGACUUUUCAGCACAAAGUCAUUCACUUUGGGCGUGUUGGACCUGAGUAACAACGACCUACAAGAUUCAGGAGUGAAGAUGCUCUCAGACGGACUCAGCCUAAACUGUCCACUUAAGACUCUGAGGUUGAUUCAAAAUAACCUCAGUGAGAAAUGCUGUGAGGGUCUGUCAUCACUUCUCGCCUCCCGGUCCUCCAGUCUGCGACAGUUGGAUCUCAGUAACAACAACCUCCACGAUUCAGGAGUGGCGCUGAUUUCUGUUGGACUGAAAAGUUCACACUGUGCUCUGGAGACACUCAGGCUGAGUGGGUGCAACCUAUCGGAAAGAAGCUGUGAAUCUCUGGCCUUGGUCAUUGGUGCCCAAACUUCAAACCUCAAAGAACUGGAUCUAAGUAACAAUAACCUGCAGGAUUCAGGACUGAAGCUGCUAACCGGUGGAAUGAGGAGUCCACACUACACACUGAAAACCCUCAGCUUAAAUCAAACUGGACUCACAGAGAAGAGCUGCCAGGAGCUUUCAUCGGUUCUCAUCUCAUCUGGGCUGAGAAAACUGGACCUCAGCAACAAUGACCUUCAGGACUCAGGACUGAAGCUGCUCUCAGUUGGAUCAGAUGGUCCACGCUGUCACCUCCAAACUAUCAGGUUGUCAGGCUGUUUAAUCACAUACGAAGGCUGUGAGGCUUUGGCUUCUGCUCUGAACUCAAACCUUUCCAACCUGAAGGAGCUGGAUCUGAGCUACAACCACCCAGGACACUCAGGAGAGAAGAUACUCCGCGCUGGACUUCAGAAUCCACACUGCACACUGGAGAACAUCAGUGUGGACCAUAAUCAUGUACAGUGGCUGACACCAGGCCUGACUAAGUAUACGUGUGAACUCAUACUGGACCCAAACACCGCACACAAAAACGUCCUCCUGUCUGACAACAACAGAAACGUAACUCUGACGGUGGAGAAGCAACCGUACCCCGAACACCCGGACAGGUUCGACUGGUGCUAUCAGGUGCUGUGUACGACUGGUCUGGCUGGUCGCUGUUACUGGGAGGUGGACUGGGAAACGGGGGUGGACAUCGGCGUGACGUACAGAGGACUCAGACGGAGAGGGGCGCGAGAUGGCAGCAGACUGGGCUGGAAUGAUAAGUCAUGGAGUGUGGAGUUUACGGGUACAGGUUACUACGCCUGGCACAAUAACAUCAGAACAGCCCUCUUUCCAGCUCCGUCGUGUCCCUGUAGGAGGGUGGGGGUCUAUCUGGACUGGUCUGCAGGGACACUGUCCUACUACGCAGUCUCCGACACACGGACCCACCUGUACACCUUCCAAUGCACAUUCACACAACCACUUCUGCCUGGGUUUGGGUUUCUGUCUUUGGAUUCAUCAGUGUCUCUUUGCUGAAAACAGGAUGAGUUCAUCUUCUGUUUUUGGGUCAAAGGAUCAUCUGAACCAAAAGCAUCUACUGAUCUAAACUGUUUAAUAUCUCUUGAUCCACUAAUCCUAUCAAUACAUGUAAAUAAUUGGUAUAAAAUACGGUUCGUCAUCUUCAUGGU